AUGCUUGAUGAGAGCGCGACGUCAGUGGACCCCAAGGGCCUGGCGCGUGUUCUGCUUGCUGUCUCCAUCUUUUUCUUGAUCCCUACAGCGAUAAUUGUUAUUCUGCGAUGUUUUGUUCGAUUGAAGUAUCGUCUCUUUGGUAUCGAUGAUGGUCUCAUGCUUAUCGGAUGGAUACUACACGUUGCAUUCACUGCUGCUGGUAUGCGUGCCAUUUACGCAGGCGUGGGAACAAAAGAUAAAGACCUGAACGCAUACCUGCAAGUCGAUGGUCGAAAGUGGAUGUGGAUUGGCCAAGUAAUUUAUAGUUUCUCAUUGACGCCUCUCAAGUCGUCCAUCUGCGUUACUCUCCUACGCAUCGCCGUCACUAAAACUCAUCGAAUCAUUGUCUGGGCAACUCUCAUCUUCACUGUUGUCACUAUGCUCUAUAACAGCAUCGGCACUUUUUUCGCAUGCAUGCCGCUCUCUGCCAACUGGGACAACCGAGGAAAAUGUUCAUUGCCAUUCUUAAUGAGUCUAGGCUAUGUCGUGUCCAUCAGUGCAGUUAUUUCGGAUUGGAUUUGUGCUAUUUUGCCUAUCUUUAUGCUCUACAAGUCCCAUAUGAGGAAAGCCACCAAGGUCUCUGUCAGCAUUAUCCUUGGUCUGGCUGCACUGGCCUCGCUCUGUACUAUUAUUCGACUACCUUAUUUGAAAGCCCUUCUGGUUACCAUACUAACAGGAAUAGUCAAUGUCGGAAACAUCGUCCUCUGGUCCACUCUAGAGUCGGGAAUUGGAAUUAUCGCUGGGUCCUUACCGUCACUACGAAAACUCGUCAGCUCUCGUUUUCAUUUCGACUCAUCGACGGGCAGCUCCCCAACUCACAUUACGCCAUUUUCUGGAACCAGUAGAGCUGUCAUCACCUCGCAAUCAGUGUCGGCAGCACGCCGAACUCACAGGGGCGAGGUUGGCGAUAAUUGGGAGCAGCUUGAUGAUGUUGAGGGCACAUCCAGCCAGAAGAUUUAUGUCAAGGUGGACUUGGAGAUGCAGUCUUUGGAGAGACCAGAAACAUCGAGGGAGUCACAUGGGUCCCGUGAAGAUUUGCUAGACUCUAAAUGGGACAACAGUACAGAGAAAUUUACUCAGCCUUGCCUUCCGAUACCGUUAGUGACGCUGUCAGUGAGUGUUGAACUCGGCAUAUCUCUCCAGAAUAUUACAGUAGCCAGCAACAUGCUUUCAUUCUUGAGAUCGUCAGGGCCAGCGCGCACUCAAAAUGCCCAGAACAACCCAAUUCUAUACGAAGGCGGCAAGUCUUCCGUCACCUUCUCGGGACCAGGCUCAAAAUACAUCAUGACCCAUCGGAUCCCACCAACAGAUAAAGAAAAUGGUGUUUCAAUCAUCGCCCCGCCAUUUCAUUAUCAUAUCUACCAAGAUGAAUUCUUCCGCGUCCAGUCCGGCAUAGGGAACUUCUACCGCGGCCUUGACUCAAAGCCCUUUGCCGUCCUGUCUGACGACCCAGAUGGUCAAGCUACAGCGUCAGUGAAGGCUGGAUACUUUCACCGCUUUGAAAAUGCAGCCAAAGACAGAGAUCUCGUGGUGGAUAUUCAUCUGACUCCAGAAUCAUAUGAGAACGAACAGCAGUUCUUUAGAAACUUCUUCGGGUACUUGGAUGAUUGUAAAGUGUCGGGUAGUGCACCUAGUAUUUUUCAGCUCCUCGUCUUUCUUCAUAGCGCCGAUACUCCAUUGGUAAUUCCGAUUCCGUGGGAAUUCUUGGGUCGGGUGGUCAGUCGGAUCUUGCUUACAACUGCCGCCUACUGGGGAAGAUUUGUGCUAGGCUACAAGCAGACGUAUCCGGAAUACUAUGAUGCAAAGAAGACGAUAUAA